AUGUCACCGUACAACUCAAUCCUCCUCCGAGCGGAGCAGAAGCCUCUCGAGCACAGAUCUUUUUCGCCCGCCGUCAUCAAGACUUUGAUUGAAGCUGGCUAUCCAGUCUCUGUCGAGCGCUCUCCUUCCCAUCCCGACUUCAAGAGAAUCUUCGAGGAUUCAGAAUAUGAAGCCGCUGGAGCCACUUUGGUUCCUUCCGGUGUUUGGCCCAAGGCUGAGCCCGGUACGCUGAUUAUGGGCCUCAAGGAAAUCCCCGAGGAGGACUUUGCCCUGACCAACGACCACUUAACAUUUGCUCACUGCUACAAGAAGCAGGCUGGCUGGGACAAGGUCCUGGGACGAUUCGCUGCUGGGGACUCUACACUGUACGAUCUGGAGUUUUUGGUGGACAAGUUGGGCCGCAGAGUCAGUGCCUUUGGGUACCAUGCGGGCUUUACUGGUGCUGCUCUCGGUGCCAAGACCUGGGCCUGGCAGUUGGCCAACCCUGGCAAGAAGCUUCCUUCGGUCGGUUCCUUCACGGAUGGCAAGGGAUAUUACCUGAACGAGGACGAGUUGGUUCAGCAGAUUCGCAAGGACGUCGAGGCUGGUGAGAAGCUAUUGGGCCGUAAGCCAACUGCUAUGGUCCUGGGAGCACUCGGUCGUUGUGGCAAGGGUGCCUGUGAUUUGUUCGUCAAAGCUGGUUUGCCUGAGGAGAAUAUCACUCGUUGGGAUUUGGCCGAGACCAAGGACCGCAAUGGCCCUUAUGAGGAAAUUGCUCAGCACGACAUCUUCCUCAACGCAAUUUACCUUUCCAAGCCUAUUCCUCCCUUCGUCAACGAUGAGCUUCUCGCCAAGCCUGGCCGCAAGCUAAGCAUCGUUGUUGAUGUUUCUUGCGAUACAACCAACCCGCACAAUCCUAUCCCCAUCUACAACAUCAACACCACCUUCGACGACCCUACCGUUCCCGUUGAGGUCAAGGAUGACAAGAACACUGCUCCUCUGUCUGUCAUUAGCAUUGACCACCUGCCUUCAAUGCUGCCCCGUGAGGCCAGUGAAUCGUUCAGUGAAGGCCUCAAGGAAUCACUUCUUUUGCUCAAUGACCGCAAGUCUGCCAGAGUUUGGGUUGAUGCUGAAAAGCUGUUCAAGGAGAAGGUCGCCGAGAUCCCCAGCCAAUAA